CUGGCGGGGCCUGCAGGUGGCGAGCUUUAGUGCCUGCAUCGAGAUUGCCAGCGAGCCAAUCAGGGCACACCGGCGCCUGUCACAGCAGAGGUCGGCGCUUAAACCACCAACAUCCAUCCAACCACGGGCGCGAGAUGCAUCUUUGUGCUGCUCCUGGGCCACGGCCGUUCGUGGGGCGCCAUGUAACCGCCCUUCAUGCAUCGCAUGCACCGCCCAGCCAGUCAGCGUCGCGCAAGCCGGGCAUCUCCUGCGAACCCUCGCUCGGCCCCACGACAGAGCGCCUCCCAGCAUCGCCAGCCGCCGUGACGGUCCUAUAUACGCUCCAGAUGCCGCAUAUUUCUCCUCAUUCAUGUCACAUCUCUCUCGGGUCAUGUUUCGCAUUUCAGAGCCAGGAGGUCCCAUAACGCAGUGAUCGCCUUCAUAAGAACGAGGUCGGUCUGCAUCAUGCUCCUGGGGAUUCUUCCUUCAUCAUCGUCACUCGUCGCCGCCUUGUCUUCUGUGCUUCUUUGGUCUGUCGCUCAUUCAUCGCCAACUUUUGGAUCUUCAACUCCAUUCACAAAGAGAGAUAGUAGAGACGGUCCACCGCUGUCUGCUCGGGUUCUGCGGGAUACUAGAUAUCUUCCCGCACAGAUUGGUGGUAUCGUUGCGGCAUACGGUGUUUCGUUGGUGCUGGUCGCCAUCAUCCUCCUUGCGCUAUCAAAAAGACGCAGAGAGCAUCUUCGGGGAAGCGAUAUACCCAGCUACGUUUUUCAGCCAAACUUUCCAGUUGCCGAGUUCCAACAACAGUUUGAAUUCACAAAUCAACAAGCAGAGGGCCAUACUGUUCCUCCCUUGGUAAUUCCCAAAUCAGAGUACUACCACUCUGGUCCCUACAGUGCCCGGGUCUUUGACUACAAGAACGGGUCAUCGUCAUACGUCAUACCAUCGCCCUCUUCAUCUGCAAUUCCAUCAACUCUUGGAGUCUCGCCGCUUGUAGACCAGUCAGUCGUCGCAGCAGAUAGAGCCAUGGCGCAACAACAGCUUGAGGAAAUGUACAAAUAUGUCAUGGAGCAUGAGGAAGCAAAACAGAAGGGGAUCAUUCUCGAAGCUCCAGUUGUAUCUCCAAACCCCCAACGAGACUCAACAACACCUGAUAAGUCCAAGGGUCUCUUGUCAAAGAAGAGCAAGUCCAAGCCCACCAGCCUCAACCUGACGGCCGCCAAGGAGGAGAAGUCCCAGUCAAAGACUUCAGCUCUCUUCUCCUCUCUCCUCUCUCCCAAGAAGAAGGCAGCCAAGGGCAUGAACAUUUCGUCCCCCAUCAUGACACCCAUGUCGGGGACUUUCCCUCAGCAUGAAUCUCGAGAGAUGAGCGCUAUUCCGCCACGACACUAUGCUCCUCCUCCUCCUCCACCUGUCCCGACGGACCAGGUGCCAUUCGGCGCCAUCAAUACUAGGGCUUCGGGUGCCCCAAUUACUCCGGAUAUGUCACCCCAGAGCAUCCAAACCAUCGAUGAGCGCAUUGGAGCGUCUCUUGAUCGUGGCUCGAGGAACACCUUGCCAUAUACCGAGAGAGACCCCGAGUCAGCCACAUCGGAUCACUCGCAGGUUCCUCUAGUCGGUCUUCCAUCAUCCCCUAAGCCGGGAAGCACAUUUCCUUCGCUUCCUUCUUCACCACGACCUGGAGCCUCCUUCUCUCGCCCCAACCCUCCCUCUGCGGUCCGAACCGGCGGCACUCUCCCCCUUCGCGCUUAUGAGGAGCAGCUAGGCUCGCCUUUUGUUACCAAUCAGACCACCAAGCAGACUGUCUUUGAGAGAACCGGCCCUCUAUCACCCACUGGCAGGACCCCAUUCACUGCGAGCGCCGUGCCGUACUCUCCGUACCAACCAUAUACCCCAAUAGUCCCAAUCACCCCGGGCCUGGUUACCAAGGAGGAUCGCAAGCGCAUGAAGAGGAUGGUCCCCAAGACACCCACCUUGGAGAUGGUCAAGAGUUCUGAGGAAAUAUGGUAAAUAGGUGGAGGAAACCCUCACAAGAUCUGGUAAUCUUUUCAUGCAUCUUAUUUUUUUUUUUUUUUUUCAAGCUUCUGUUGUUAGAUAAUUUUGUGUGGGCAGCCCCAGGGAGGGUAGCCCUUUUUGAUCAUGUCG